ACGUCCGUGGCAUCCUCGACCUCGCUGAAGAGCCCUUCGCAGGGUGCUGGAGUGGCGAAGCAGAUCUGCCGGUGUGGCACCACUGUGCUUUUCCCCGCCGGCGUUCUCAGCAGAACAUGCUGGAAUUGUGGCAGGCAACUGGUCACCGAUGGAUUGAGCGAGACACCAAACGGUGCCAAGCUGGAAGUCCGGGUCUCGCCGCAACUUUCUGCGCCUACGCAGCUCCAGCGGCCCACAGGUCUGCCACCCGUUGUGCCAGAACCACCUCCGACGAAGACCUACGCCAAUCAGGCGCAGGCUGCUCAGGCAGCCCCAGGAGCUUUCGCCAUCGGAGCACUCUUCUUCGUGGUGGGCUUGCUGCUUGCCUCUCUGCUUGUCAACGCGGCCCUGUACCAGAAUUGGCUCGGCACAGGCGGCGCCCCCGCGCCCAGUCCUGAUCGCUCCGCCUCGCUGUACGAACGAAGCCAUUUAGACGACAUCCGUGGCGUCGACACGGACGGUGACGGGGUCCCGGAUCAUCAUGACUUUUGUCCGGGCCAAAAGAAGGAGGGCGGCCAGUCGCGCUGGAUCUCCGGAAGGGCCUCGGACUUUGAUGGCGACGGUUGCGAGGACGGAGUCGAGGAUCAAGACCGGGACAACGACGGAGUCGAGGACAAAAUGGACAGGUGUCCUUUCUCUCCUCAGCAGUACAACUUCGUGUCGGACGCUCUGAACGACUUUGACGGGGACGGCUGCAAGGAUGGCGUGGAGGAUCAGGAUGAUGAUGGCGACGGGGUGGCCAAUGACGAAGAUGAGUGCACGAG